AUGUGGUACGUGGGCGAUAUCGCCAUCGUCGACCGCAACCACGGCCUCGUCUUGGCCGGCUUCCUCUUCACGUCCCUCGCAAGCCUGGCCGUCUGGCUGCGCAUCUUUACCCGGGCCGUCUUGGUCCGCAAUGUCGGCCUCGAUGACUAUUUUAUAUGCGCCGCCAUGUUCGGCACAAUAGGCUUCCUGACGGCCGUCAUGCACCAGAUCCGAUACGGUCUGGGAGACCAAGUCAACCCGGCCUAUCUCCAGCAGUUCCUCCAAUCUCUCUACGCCACCAUCAUCGCCUACAGCUUCACCCACCUCUCCGUCAAGUUCUCCAUCCUGCUGCAGUGCAAGCGCAUUUUUACCGAGAAGAGCGCCCAGCGCAUCUUUCUCGGCCUCAUCAUCUGGCUGACCGUCUACGGCCUCUUCUGCUUCCUGUCAUCGACCCUCACCUGCGUGCCAGUCGCAAAGUACUGGGACGACAGCAUCCCCGGCUCGUGUAUUGAUCGCUCCAACCUGCACUAUGCGCUCGCUGGCUUUAACAUUGCCAACGACAUUGCUUUGCUCGCCGCCCCCGUCCCCUAUCUCAAGGGUCUGCAGAUUCCACGGAGGGCCAAGAUUGUUCUCAUGGCCGUGUUUGCUUGUGGUGGUUUUGCCUGCAUCGUUGCCAUCAUAAGACUUCACUCUCUGUACAUCAACAACUCGGCUCCCAUCGAUCAACAACCAGUAAAAGGAGUAGAAAUUGCUAUCUGGUCCGGGCUCGAGAUCAACGUAGCCAUAGUUUGUGCCUCAGUCCCGGCUCUCAAGCCCCUUUUCGUCAAGUUCUUUCCCCGGAUGAUCAGCUCCCUGGGCGAGUCGGCCAAGCGGUCCCGGACCGGGCGCUCGGCACAGGGGAGCGCCCCGCGGCGGGACCAAAGCGGCGACCACGACUGCAAGGCGUCGCCGCUCGAGAUCCAGGUACAGCAAUCCUUCGAGAUGAGUGCCGUGGCCACUGACGCCGACGCCGACGACGACAGCGAGAAGAACCUGGUGCCGCCGAACGGACCCGUGUGGACGGCCGCGUGCUUUGCAGAGCCGCGCACCAAUCUCGACUCCCGGAUGGUAUGA